AUGAGCCAGAAUUUGAUAGAGAAACAAGUUGGAAGUGCCAACGGUAGUCAUGAUGGCGAUGAUGAUAAUAAUGUGCAUCGUCACGUGGCUAGACUGAGUAUUUCCGUCGGGGAUGAGUCUUUCGAUGAACGCCAGAAAUUUUUAUUUUCACUGAGAAACCAACAUAAACAAGAAUCAAACGAGACACUUGACAACACAAAAGAAACAGAAAUAGAAGCAGAAGAAGGGACGGAUAAGCUUAGUGUGAAGACGAACAGCAGGACCGAAAGAACCAAGAAGAGAAAAGAGUUGAAGAAACUCAAGAGGAGAGAAAAAAAACUCUUGGACGACUUGAGCUCGAAUUCAAGCUCCGCUGAAUCACUUCAUGAAUCUGCGAUUGCUGAGUCAAACGAAAAAGUAACAGUACCUGCGAAAAAUGUAAGGGGAUCCAAAAGAAGAAGAUCGUCAGUGGCUCAGACUGUGAUCGUGCGGAAGAAAAAGUUCUUGGAGUCAAAACCCCAGCUAUUCAUCUUUGGUGACAGAGAGAAAAAAGCCUCAAUAUCAUCUAUACGAGAUUUGCUUUUGUAUUCCCUGACAGAUAUGGAUGUCAAACCAAGAUGGUGCAAACUAGAGAAUCGAAAAUCCGUUGACAAAUUUGUGAUUGUAUUUUUGCGUGGCUUGACAAACGAGGAAUUUGGGAUGCCAGUGCUGAAAGAUGAAACCGAUCCUUUGCUAAUCUCCAAAUAUCAGCUUAAGCCAGAGCUAGACAAUUUUCCUCAAAUUUUCAAAGAAGUGGUGCCGAUGGUUUCGCCGGGCUCAAACAAAUGUAUAUAUUCAACCUACUCGUCCUUGGUCUCCUACUCUUUGUCAAAAAAGCAAAAGCUUGCUAUUCAGAAAGAAAACGAAAACCGGAAAAUAGUUUUGCCAGACCUCUACCUAAAGUUAGAGGAGCUAACUUUCAACAACUAUCCUAUACACCAUGAUGUUGAAGGUGCAACUAAAGAGUUAAUUGAUAUGACAAGAGACUUCAAAAGUACUAAGAAUUUUGAGCACGAAGGUUCAAAGACUUUUGCAUUAGAUUGUGAGAUGUGCCGUUCGGAACACAACAGGAUAUUGGCAAGAGUUUCAUUAACUGAUUUCGAAAAUAAUGUCUUGGUUGAUGAAUUGAUUAUACCUACAGAACCUAUUGUGGACUACUUAACACAGUGGUCGGGUAUAACUGAAGAGAAAAUAGCAGAAGCAGAAACAACAGUGGAAGAAAUUCAAGAUCGCAUACUCUCUAUUGUUUCUUCCAGUGAUACACUAAUAGGUCACUCCUUAGAAUCUGAUUUGAACAUCCUCAAAAUUAAGCAUCCAAAGAUCGUGGAUACUUCCCUUUGUUAUGAUCAUCCCCGUGGACCUCCAGCAAAAGCAUCUUUGAAAAUGUUAAUGUCAUCUCAUCUCGAUACGUCCAUCCAAAAGGGGUUUACCGGUCAUGAUUCCGUGGAAGACUGUAUAAGUUGCAUGGAGCUAGUCAAGUUGAAGCUUGCCAAGGGAUAUUUGUAUGGCAAAUCAUACAACAUGGAGUCCUUGUUCAAACGUAUCUCCCAAAACUACAAACUGGUCAAAACUGCAGCAGGUGUGAAGAUUCCUAAGAGCUCAGUUGUCAUUGGGUACUCUGCUGUUAAAAAUUUUGGGCACCAUGAAACACAAGUCCAAUGCAGAUCUGAUGACGAAGUUGUCGAUGAAUUCAUUGAUAAACAGCCUAGCCAUGAUCUCGUCAUAAUGAAAAUGAGAGAACUAGAAUUUUUUAAGAAAUUUUCCGCUAAUAAUACGGUGGAAGAUUUAGAGUUACCUGCUACAGAAGAAGAAAUGCUCAGAAAAGUUAAUGAUAGAUUGAAAAGAAUUUACGACAAUUUGUCGCCGAAUUCGAUGUUAGUCGUGUGCUCUGAAAAUGGAGACACGAGAGAAAUGUUACGAUUGCAAGAGUUGUGCAAGACAUUUAAGUACAAGGUGGAAAAGGGCGAGAACAAUGAAAGUGUGCACGUAAAGGACGACAGCUGGACAGAGGAUAAUUCCGAGAAGUUGGCUAUAGCUACUGAAGUUGCCAAAGAUAGCUUGUUCUUAUGUACGUUGAAAGCGGAAGACUCUGAUAUUACCAGAAGCUCAACACCUGAAUCUCCCCUUACAAAUGAGAACUCUUUUGCAGAAUGA